AUAUCAGUAAUAAUAACUCUUUUACAAUAGCAUUUAUCGAUACGUCUUUAUUAAAAUAAUAACAAAAUGGUUUUCACUUGUUUCUGACACACACAGAAACGCGAUUUUUAACGGGGAUUUCGUAAAGUUACACGAAUUGGGUACCAAAAUUCUCAAUUAUUUUACAUGCACACGUGACAUAAUACAUACUUAAUAAUGAUUAGUUAUUGCUUAUAUGACAUUUCAAGUUUGUGAAAUAAAUUAAUGUUCUAUAAAGGGGAUCUCAGUAAUUCGUGAAGCUUCCACUCGCUCUUGUCAAGACCGCAUUGCCGCGUUGGAAAUGGUAUAAAUUUAAUUCAUCUAACUUAUCUUUCUGGAUACCAAAUGUCAGAGUUGCAUUAACCCUUUUUACACCGUUUUUGCCAUAUUUCAUUUCCGUUUUUUAAUCCGAACAAAAUAAACGAAACUCGUUUAAAAAUGAGAUCUAGGCAUUCGAGCUCCUAGUGUGGAUUAAAGGGACUGUCCAAUGGAUUAGUUUACUGAAUUUAGAAGGCUAUUAUAUAAUUUAUUAAGAUUCCGAUCUGAUUUUAUUUAAUUCAACAAGAUGAGUUUAUCUGCCGUUGAAUGGUAGCGAAUUGUUGGUCUUUACCUUGCAAUUCGAUGCUAAAUGUCGCUGGUUUACAAAUUAGACGAUAAAAUCAGUAUAAACAUGAUCAGUUUAAGUAGUUAAAUGUUUAAAGUUAUUAACUGUUUCAAGUUUUAUUGUUUUGGACCAAAAGUUAUGAACUAUACUGUAAUUGUGUACAUGGUUCGAAAGCUGGUGCUCUUAAGAGGCGGCCAUAUUGGAUUUUUUGUGACAGGGUGGUGGAAACUACCUAGCAUAUUUCAAAGGUAUGAAUUGGGAUAUACAUACGUAAAUUUAUGCAGGCCAAAACAGUGGGAGAGAUGAGAAGAAGUAAACGCGUGAGACAGCCAGCUAAGAGAAUGGUGUUGUAUUUUCAGGACACAGAUUCAGAUUCAAGUCUUCAGAAGGGUAAAGGAAAACGUCCUGCCAGAAAGAUCCAGAAAGUUGAUACAUUAGCAACAACAACUAAGGGGACACUCGAACACCAUAGCACGUGUGACGAUGAACCUGUACUGGCUUUUGUUCCUUCAAGUUCUGAUGAGUCUGAAGGAGAACCACUCAGUGAGAGAGAGGAUGAUUUAAGAACCAAACGAAAGGGAAGGAAAAGAGGAAGUAAGAAAGUGAAAGGGCGCUGUUAUGACCAUGAAGAACAAGAAAGAAUUCUUGAAAAUAGAAAAGAACAAGAACGAAAAUCUAAGAUGCAAAUUGCCAGUCAUGAUAAGACUGGCCCCUUACAGCAAACCAGUCGUUUUGUCUUCAAUCAAGCCGACUGUCUGGGCAAAGGGGCCACCGCAGCAGUCUUUCUUGCACGAUCGAGGGAAACUGGUUCCCUGGUGGCGGUGAAGGCGUACUUUGACGACUCGCAGCACAACAAGCGCGCACGCCUUCGGGAGAUUGAGCUGCUGAGAAGAAACCAGCACAAGAACGUCAUGGCGUUCAUAGAGGAGGACCGCGUGGCCGAGUCAGACCAGCCGGCUGUGAUUUUGGAGUACUGCGCGGGCGGAAGUGUGAACAAUCAGCUACAGGCUCCCGUCUGUUACUAUGGAUUCUCAGAGGAAGAUUUCUUAGCCUUUCUAAGAGAUAUUUCCCAUGGGCUUCAGUUUCUGAACUCACGUGAUAUCGUACACAGAGACAUCAAGCCUGACAACAUUCUGAAGAGAAUCGAAAGUAAUGGCAGUUCAACAUACGUGCUCACCGACUUUGGAGCCGCACGAGAGCUCGGGGAAGACGAAACAUUUAUGUCAAUAUAUGGAACAGAAGAAUAUAUCCGCGGGAACCGAAUUUUGAAGGCCUUUGCAGAACGUGGCGUCUCAUCUGGAUCCAAACUGUUUGCUAUUCUGCACCCGCAUAUGUUCCAACGAGGUGUGUUAAGGCAGCAUGGUCAUAGCGAGUUUACGGCGUCCGUUGACCUCUGGUCGCUAGGGGUAACGCUCUACCACGUGGCAUUCGGUCGUUUGCCUUUCCAAGCAUUUGGCGGCAGAAGUGACUCGGAAACAAUGUAUAAGAUCAUAUCCGAGCGCUCCUCCGGAGAGGUGUCUGGGUCGCAGAGGUUCCACAAUGGAUCCAUUGAGAGGUCAAAAGAACUUCCGGAUACGUCGUAUUUAUGCAGGUCCUUGAAGAGUUUACUGAAGCCGGUUUUUGCGGGUCUCUUUGACCCGGACCCAACCAGGACUUGGAACUUUAAUACAUAUUUCCAAGCCGUUUCCGAUAUAAUCGACAUGACUACGUUACUCGUGUUUAAUUCGGGGACAUGCGAAAACAUACGGUUAUACCUAAAGAACAAUGAAUGUCUCGUUCAUAUUCAAGAGAAGAUUGGGUAUUUGACAGAAAUACCCGCGAAUAGACAGAUAAUACUGUUGGGCGACAAACCACUAACAAAUCUUGUUGAUAUCAACGACCAGAUACAAAGCUUUCCAAAAGUAGUCCUUAAGACGACUUUAAUUGUCUAUGACAAAGAUGGUUGUGAACAGUACCAGUGUUAUACACCUAAAAUACCUCCUUUUCUACCGUUAAAGACGUCACUUAGCAACGACGAAGCGGUUGCUAAGCAAUGCGCAGGAAAUGCCUUCUUCGUUGAAUUCAACCUUAAACAGGUUCUCGAGAACCAACAUUUAGCUGAUGAAGCGUUGCUUCAUUUAAGAAAUCAUUACCAAGAUGCUCUGAAGCCAACGGAAGUGCUCAUUCCGGAAAUAGAAAAACAGACAGCGUUAGUGAAUGUGCGCAUAGAGAUGAUACGUGAGAGCCAGAAACAGGCCCAGGUGUGUUUGACUGUCUUUAAAAAUAUUGGCACGCUUGAUCCGGACUCCGGUGUGGAGGAAUUGGAGGCAUUUGUUGUCACUGAUAACAGCCUACCCGAGUUAUUAAAAAAGACGCAGGGAAGGUUGGAUGAAAUCCGCACCUACAUGUCGGUCCUGUCCAGGAAAGAGAACGACCACCCUCUGUCUCCUAGUGACGAUCUAUGCUGUGACGAGGGUCGAGAUCGAUGUCUAACAAAAAUGGGUCACCUCCGACAGGGUAUUGCAGCUGUCUCCAGCACCUUCAGCAAACACCGGAAGUACUCUAUCCUGCAUGCGCACGAGGAGUUUAUUCAUAAGUGUGAAAGAGAGAAGCUGGAGAAUUCAUUAAUACCUGUCAUAGAGCUAUAUCAGAGUCACUGCGUGAAAAACCUCACCAAAGUACACCAUUGGUCCUCCCGAAAUAUCAGCGUCUUUCUGAAGCAUCUAGCACGAUCAGGAAAGGUGGAAACCAACGUAAGAUGCGUCACAGACUGUCUCAAUCAGAUGAACGAGAAACUGCUCAAGAUUAAAGAUUCAUUUAAAUUGGCGACGGAAAAGCUAAUGUCACUGUUUGCAACAAUAACAAGCCAAACAGUAAAGCUUCCAGUCAGUCUUCGGGAAACUCCGGAAGGGAGCUCGGCAUGUGAACGAGGCUCGUUCAACUCCGAAAGAAGUAUUCAAGGUUCCAAACGUAAUGAGUUGCUGAAGAGUUUGUUUAGAGAAAUUGACUAUAUUCGUAUUAGUGGCCAGGAACUUGGAACAGUUCUGUUGGAUUAUGAACGAUCAAUACAAGAACUUAAAAGUCGAUUGGAGAUGGCCUCUAUGCCCAGCAUGCUGUUCUGUACUCGCGGUGAAACCAGUGGGUAUGGUAGUGGAGCACCAAAUGUGUUCCUUCCGUCAUUUCAUGAUUUAUUUCCAAGUCCUGGCAUCGAUGCAAAUGUUAGAGUUACGUCUAGUGAUGCUUUGCCUGUUUACCAUGGAGCUCAAAAUAACACAGGAACACCUAUUGUGUAUCCGAAUAAUUUCGAUUCUAAAUUUGAAACGCAUUUAUCAACGGAUUGUCAGAGAACAGUGCACGUGUAUAAUUUCCCAAAUAUUGUAAGUUCAUACUCUUCAAAUACCGCUAACCAUUUGAAUCAUUUACACAGAACGGUCAAUGCGAUUUCAACAAAUAAUGGAUAUUCUGGGACGACCCCUCAUUCAGAGACGACCAGGAUCGUCCAAGGAGCGUCGGUAUCGAAACCUUCAAAUGUUGUAACUUACUUCAAUACAACGUACGAAAGACAGCUCGAAGACUCAAAGUCUACGGAACUGAUUCCCCGUGGAUUAUUUUCGUCUGUUAUAAUUUGAAGUCGGCAAAAAGAGCCAACAAUCCAGACCUAGGUUCUAAUUCUACAGACACUUCCGAUACUUGAUGAAGGCCAGGGCGUGCGCUUUAACAGAAACAUAGUGUAAAAGGGUUGUAAACAUUUGGAAGGCUAAUUUGAAACGAGAGCGCCGAUGGCGUUAAAAGCAUAGGUGCAAGAUACAGGGAAGUUGCUGCUUAAGUAAAUGUUAAGGGAACAGUUGACUGAAUGAAAAACUAAAAGGCUAUCAAGAAGAAAAGUUAAUUUUAAGGUUAAGUACAAAUAAUGAAACAGGAAGUGAGGAAAUAUUGCAAAUCUUCCUAUAACAAUCGGAACAUCAGGAACACGUAUUAAGUGAGCUUGGUAUUUUGCGAGAAAGUAAAUGCCCGGAUGUAAAUGUUAUUUUUGGCUGGACGUUUAUUUCUGUUGUUGUUUUAAUUUGGACAAGAAUAGUUUCCUACAGAUGUGUCCGUUGUUUGUGUAAUGAAAAUAUGAAGUAACUCAUAACAAUUACAUGCUCCUGAGAGAUAUUUGUACAAUGUGGUAAUGAACGUUAUCAUUAAUAUGUGCGAGACAGAACGACUUUUUCAUUCGGAAAAAAAUGGCAAAAACAU